UUUAAGUCAUUUGACGUUUGACAAUUUACAAAAGUGUAUACAUAGCACCUUUAAUAAAUAGAUGUUUUUAUUUGUUACAUUCCCAAUUAUUAACAAGUUUAGUUAAUCGAAUCGAAAUGGAUAUUGCAAAAUCAUUAUUUAGGGAUCACAGAGACCAUGAAGGUUAUGUUGGGAAAGAAGACCAUAAUAAACGCGAAUUAGAAUUAGCAAUAAGUGAAGAUGAUCAAGAAGAAGAUUCUUUUGCAGAACAUUUUUCUGACACCCUCCACAUGAGUGAUUUAUUAACCCCUAGUCCUGGAGGUCCAUUUUCAGCUUUAACACCAAGCAUGUGGCCUCAAGACAUCAUGGCAAAACUUUCAGUUAUACCAGAAGAUCCCAAUUCGCAACCGGAAUAUCGUUUCGAUGAAUUUGGUUUUAGAGUAGACGAGGAGGACGGUCCGGAACAAAAUUCAAAUAAAUUGCUUGGUGUGCCAUUUGUGGAAGAUGCUCAACACCGUUUACAAUGGGUGGCUCAUUUAGAAUUUUCUCAUAACAAAGAAGUGUCUGAUUUGACCUGGGAUAAAGUUGAAAUACAUUUACCAAGAACUGAUAAAUUAAGAACAAUGAUACGGAAUGGUAUUCCACAUUCUUUAAGGCCACAAAUGUGGUUACGAAUGUCUGGAGCUUUACAAAAGAAACAACAAAGCGAAUUAGGUUACAAAGAUAUAGUUAAAAUGUCAAGUAAUGAUUCUUUAAUGACUUCAAAGCAAAUUGAAAAAGAUUUGUUACAUACAAUGCCUUCAAAUGCUUGUUUUAGUAAUAUUAAUAGUACUGGUAUUCCAAGAUUAAGAAGAAUUUUACGAGGAAUUGCUUGGUUAUAUCCUGAUAUAGGUUAUUGCCAAGGAACUGGCAUGAUUGUUGCUUCAUUAUUAUUAUUAUUAGAAGAAGAAGAUGCUUUUUGGAUUAUGGUCACCAUUGUGGAAGAUUUAUUACCUGCUUCUUAUUACAGCUCAACUUUAAUUGGAAUUCAAGCUGAUCAACGCGUUUUAAGAACUUUAAUUUCAAAUUAUUUACCUGACAUAGACGAAACUUUAAAAAACCACGACAUAGAACUCUCUUUAAUCACUUUACAUUGGUUUUUAACCUUAUUUGCUAGCGUGGUUCACAUGAAAAUUUUAUUAAGAAUUUGGGAUUUAUUAUUUUUCGACGGUUCUUUAGUUCUGUUUCAAAUAACGUUGGGUAUGUUAAAAAUGAAAGAACCGCAAUUGAAACAACUUGAAAAUUCAGCACAAAUAUUUAAUGCUUUGUCGGAUAUUCCUGGGGAUAUCGACGAUGUCGAAACGCUUUCUGAAGUUGCAUUACAAGUUUCUAAUUCUUUAAAUGAUGUGAUGUUAGAAACGUAUCGAAGGCGACAUUUAGCUUAUUUAAUGGCUGAUCAAGGGGCGUUAGUUGGUAAUCCAGAAGCAACUCCGAAUCUUCCUAAACAACAUUUAGCACGGCGCCAAGUAAAAAAAUCAAAAUCUGUAAUCCAACUAUUGCUGUUUAAUGAAACGUCUGAGGAUGAUAUAAAAUGUAAAAAUAUAAAGCAAACUGAGAUAUUGGUGGAUUUACGAGAAGCAGUGUUGCAAAUCGCUCGUCAUUUCCUUCAAAUGGAUCCAAAAUUAAGUUCUGAAAUCACGUUAAUCGCCGAUUAUUCGAUGGAAAGUCACAGUGGUGAUCAUCAAAAUUAUAUAAACGUUUCCAAAAAUCGUAAACGGAGGGCAAAGGCUUUAUUAGAUUUCGAAAGACACGAUGAUGACGAAUUAGGUUUUCGUAAAAAUGAUAUCAUCACAAUUAUUAGCCAAAAAGACGAACAUUGCUGGAUUGGCGAAUUAAAUGGGUUAAGAGGUUGGUUUCCUGCGAAAUUUGUUGAGCUUCUCGAUGAGCGUAGUAAGCAAUAUAGCAGUGCUGGCGACGAUAGCAUAUCAGAAACAGUUACGGAUUUAGUUCGAGGAACUUUAUGUCCAGUUUUAAAGCAAGUUUUGGAACAUGGAAUGAAACGUCCUAAUUUUUUAGGUGGUCCAUGUCAUCCAUGGUUAUUUAUCGAAGAAGCCGCAACAAAAGAAGUUGAACGCGACUUUAAUUCCGUCUAUAGUCGUUUAGUUUUAUGUAAAACUUACAGAUUGGAUGAAGAUGGUAAAGUUUUAACACCAGAAGAAUUACUUUACCGUUGCGUUCAAUCGAUUAAUUUAUCGCAUGAUAACGCGCACGUUCAAAUGGACGUGAAACUACGUUCAUUAAUUUGUUUGGGAUUAAAUGAGCAAGUCCUUCAUUUAUGGUUGGAGGUUUUGUGUUCGUGCAGCGAGGUUGUGCAAAAAUGGUAUCAUCCGUGGUCGUUUGUUUACAGCCCGGGUUGGGUUCAAAUUAAAUGUGAUUUAAGAAUACUUUCACAGUUAUCAUUUAAUUUAAACCCCGAUUGGGAGUUACCUGUUAAAAAGGAGAUGAAUAACCAACCACUUAAAGAUGGAGUGCGAGAUAUGUUGGUUAAACAUCAUCUUUUUAGCUGGGAUAUUUAGUUUUUAAUUUAAUUUAUUUGGAAAUUGUAUUGCUUCGCUGUGUAUGACUUAAUUUUUUGUUUGAAUGUAAAAACGUGAUCUGUCCACACAAUGGCCUUGCAGUGUAACCGGUUUCUUGUUUCCUAUCAAUUUCCAACAAGUUAAGUUCAACGUUUAAUUUAUUUGUUAUUGUUAAAUUAAUUUGUUAGUUAUUAUUAAAAAAAUAAAUG